AUGGAAAACUCCACCUUCAACAUCUUUACGCUGCAGCUGGAGGGGCUGAUGGUCACCAGGUCCUCCAGGCUCCCUUUGUUCUUCUUCUUCUUCUCCUCCUUCCUGUUUGUUCUGGUCACCAAUGCUGGCAUGAUCCUCUUGAUCUUAGUUGACAGAAACAUCCAUCAGCCCAUGUUUCUGCUGUUCUGCAACCUGGCAUUCAAGGAUAUUUUAGGAAAUUGUCUUGUGUUGCCUCGAGUCAUGUCGGACAUCCUGAUGCCGCCGGCUGAGCGCCUCAUCGGGUACCAUCAGUGUGUGGUUCAGGCUUUCCUGGUCCACACGUUUGGCACCUCAACACAGACGGUGCUGAUGAUCAUGGCCUUCRACAGAUAUGUUGCCAUCUGUAAUCCCCUGCGUUACUCUGUGAUAAUGACCAACAGGAUGGUGGUGAAGCUGACCGUCUCUGCCUGGGGUCGGCCUUGGUUCUGGUUGUGCAAAUCCCUCAACAGUAAAGCCUUACGGACCUGCAGCACACACCUCAUCGUCUACAUCAUCAUGUUCACCAGCGGGAAGGUGAGCAUUGCUCUGCACCGCUUCCCGCAGUACGCAGAGGAGAGGAAGAUGGCCAUCAUCUUGUACCACAUCAUCCCCUGCAGCCUGAACCCCAUCAUCUACGGAGUUCAGUCCAACGAGGUGAAAAAGGUUCUGACCAGCUGGUUUCAGCCCAGAAAGGUCCAAUCAUCAGUCUGA